AUUUGAGGUCAUGGGGAACUCAGAGCGGGUCUGUUGGAUUAUUGUGGAGUGUGCCUGCAGGUUCCUUGGUGUUUCUACAGCAACAGUUCUAACUGCCCCUUGGAGUGUAAACUAUAUGAGCUCACAUUGGAUCACUUCAGGGCAACUCAGUGUUGUGUGCUGUGGGAGCGGAGACCUUGAAACAGGGAGAAUUCAGUAGCCUCGGUAUCUACCUAAUGUAAGUGUUUAGUUUUUGUCCUUAUUUUUGUUGAUUAAAUAAAUUCUUGAUUUUGCAUAUCACUAUUUCAAGUGUUCGUGUGUGUGCAUGCAGAUUUAAAUCAUUGUGCUUCGGUAGUUUUUUCCUCAUGUUGGGUUUUCUGAUGCUCUUUGUAACCUUGUUUUUGAAAGUGUGUUAUAACUACAUUUUAAUUCUAAUUUGUCGUUUUUGUCGUCCAUAUUGCUGUAUGAAUUUAAGAACAUUAAGAAUGACAACAACUCAUUCCUACACACACACUGCCUGGAUGUUAACAUGACAAAGAAUGUGUGGCCUGAGGGCUGGUAGAAAACAAUUGCAAUACCGUACAUGCCGUCAUAACCACUCCUACUACAUUCACACACUUGCGAGGAGACGUUGGGAAGGAGUCAGAGGGAUGAAGUGCGGUGCAGAGGGCAGAAUGGAGACCAAUGCUUCGGUGCUACUUCGUAUCAUCUCUGUGGGUCACUGCCAAACUCCCACAGAGCCGCAGGAAAGCAUCUCCCAAAGGAGAACAGAAAAGCAUGAUAAUUAUUCUGUCAGAAUACAGAAGCACUAUUUAAAGGCAAUAUCUCUUAACUAGAAGCAUCCCCUUGCGACCCACAUUUUUGAGAAUUUAGACAAUUUAGGGACAUAUUUAGAUAUACAUAAUUAGAGACAGUUUACUGAUUUUAUCACAAUAUCAGUUUCUUCCGGCUCUAUUCUAUUCUCCUCCCAGAGUGUCAUCUGUUGGCAUCAUGAUGUUUGAACUGGCCUAUUUCCUGGACACGCUUCUGAUCAUGUGUCUGCCCUGUCCUCCAGACUGGCAGCUGUUUGUGUUGUGGGGGAAGAUGGCUCGCAUUGGAGGCUUCCAUAAAUUCCUCUAUUACGCCAUACUGUCAGUGGUCUGCUUCUUGCACCCUGUGUUGGUGUGGCAUGCAAUUAUCCCAGGGACAAUGCUUCUGGUGACAGCCUUUUUGAACUUUAUACUAAGCAAGAAAACAACGAUCAAAUCUCCCAAAAGACCACAAGAAGGCCACAGCGACCAAGACACUGUCUGUGUCACGGAGGCCCCCUCAAACAGCACCCUCUCAUUCCUCGACGUGGUGACAGGAAGGAGAGGGGGAGGACAGGCUCUCACAACCAGAGGCCACUGCCUCGGUCCGGCAGAGAGAGGAGAGAGCGUCCAGGCCAUGCUGGAGCUGGAGCAGACAAUAGCACCUAAAGGCACAGACAGGGAGAGGAGGAGGUGGAAAGAAAGGAGGCUGAUCUGCUUGAGAGGGAGGGAGGAGCCUGUGGAGAGAGAGAUGGAGGAGAUGGACAGUUACUGUGAGCAAGAGCCAGACACCACCUCAGACACUGCACCUAUGAUUACUGAGACUGAGAUCCUUACUGAUAUCACACAAAGGAAAGCAUGUGUAAUGUAUUCAUACUGACUCACUGGUGCUACCCUGUGUGGUGGAUGUUAAGCUGAAAAUAACAUUAUCAAAAGUCCAAGCAGCCAAAAUCAGACGGAUCUGUAUUUUAAAUAAAUAUGUUGAUUAUUUUAUUAAAUGCUC